AUGGCUCAUAAUUAUUUGGUAUCAGCGAAAAAAGCAACAGUUGUUACCGAUGCCGUUGUGGGCAACUUCACAAGCAAAAAUGAUUUAAAUCUGAUCUUGGCCAAAGUUGGCCGUGUACAUAUCCAUAAAGUUACAGCAGAAGGUCUGAAAUCUGUUCAAGAAGUUUCGGUUUAUGGAAGAAUCGUUGGUUUAAGUCUGUUCCGACCAAAGGGGGAGGAAAAGGACUGUAUUUUGGUAUUGACUGCCAAAUAUCAUCUUGCAGUUCUUGGAUGGGAUGAGGCUUCAAACUGUAUAGUCACUCGAGCCGCAGGCAGCGUAGCUGAAAGAGUCGGACGCCCCAUCGAACAUGGUUCACUGUUAUCAGUUCACAAAUCUGGACUUGUUGCUCUUCGUCUGUAUGAUGGGGCUCUGAAAAUUAUCCAAUGGACAGAUUUGAAAGAUAGUAAGGACUUCAAAGACUUAAAGUGCUUCAGUGUGAGACUGGAAGAUAUCCAAGUUGUGGACUUCACAUUCAUGCACACCACGGGAGAUGAAAUUAAGAUAGCUUAUAUCUACAGUGAUUCAAAUGGACGACAUUUGAAAGUUUGUGAGUUGGGAUUGAUCGAUAAAGAUAUUCGCACUGUUGCUAAACAUGAUAAUAUUGAAAGUGAAUCUUUGUUAAUUAUUCCUGUGCCACACCCAUAUGGAGGAGUUAUAAUUGUCGGACAAGAAACUUUACUUUAUUACAAAGAUGAUCUAACAUACUUAUCCAUUUCUCCCUCACUGAUGAGACAAGGACAGUUCUGUUGCUUUGCUUCGAUUGAUGAUAAUGGACAGAGGUUCCUAUUAGGAGAUAGAUUUGGAAAUUUGUGCAUGAUUGUUCUUGACCUUGAGGAAAACGAGCAUCAAGUAACAAAUAUGAAGUUGGAAUUGUUGGGCGAAAUAUCCACUCCAGAAUGUCUUGUUUAUCUUGAUAAUGGAGUUAUUUUCGUAGGAUCUCGCUUUGGUGACUCUCAACUCAUCAGGCUGAGUACCACACCUGGAGCUGAAAAUUCGUUUAUUACGAUUCUGGAAUCGUUCAUCAAUCUGGCUCCCAUCAGAGAUAUGACAGUAAUUGAGAACGAUGGUCAAACCCAACUAAUUACAUGUUCUGGAUGCUUCAAAGACGGUUCGCUCCGUGUUAUCAGGAACGGAAUAGGAAUAGAGGAAGCUGCUUCUGUUGAUUUACCUGGAAUUAAGGGAAUAUUCGCUCUCAAUAUCGACUCAGAGUUCGAUAAUUAUCUCGUAGUGUCUUUCGAUGACGACACGCAUAUUUUGAAAAUUGAAGGAGAAGAGUUGGAAGACACUGAUUUGCUAACUCUCACCACUGAGGCUUCCACGUUAUGGGCAGGAAAGAUUGGGGAGACCAAAUCUGUCGUUCAAGUUACCUCAGCCGCUGUUAGAUUGUGCGCUCCAGGCAGAGAUACGAAGUGUUGGUCACCACCUGAAAGUGUAAUAGAUCUUGUUGCAGUAAACGGAAAGUCUGGACAGAUUGUUGUUGUGUGCGGACCAUCAAUAUAUUACUUGAAAUGCCUCCCUGACCAACACGAUUUUGAACAGAUUUGUUCAAAAGUUCUCGAUUUCGAGAUUUCAUGUGUCGACAUCACAUCAUUAGAUACUGAAGAAUCAACUUUGGUCGCUGUUGGAUUUUGGACUGAGAACAGUGCUGCUCUUUUCUCUCUUCCCGACCUCAAUGAGAUUAUUCGUGAAAAGUUGGCUGUAGACAUUUUGCCUAGAUCAAUUUUGAUCACAGUGAUGGAAGAUAUUGCUUAUCUGCUUUUGGCCCUUGGUGACGGUUGUCUCUUCUAUUAUACAAUUGAUAGAGAAACAGGUGCGCUGAGAGAUCUCAAAAAAGCAUCACUGGGAACUCAGCCUCCCACAUUGCUGAGAUUUGAGUCUCGAGGAAUGACGAACGUAUUCGCUUGCUCUGAUCGUCCUACUGUUAUAUUCUCAUCAAACAACAAACUUGUAUUUUCUAAUGUUAACUUGAAAUUAUUAACCCACAUGUGCUGCCUCAAUUCUGAAAAGUAUAGAGAUUGCUUGGUGAUGUCUGAUGGAGAAACAAUGUCGAUUGGAAUGGUUGAUGAUAUUCAAAAGCUGCACAUUCGAUCAGUCCCUCUAGGGGAAUCUGUUAAGCGGAUCGCUUAUCAAAAAGAAACCAACAGCCUUGGAAUUUUAUGUGAACGUGUGGAGACGUCUUCCAGGACCUCGAUUUCUAAAAUGGCUACAGUGACUUCUCACAGUAAGCCAGAGAUAGGACUUAGAGCACAUGUAGCAGCCGAGAGUGGUGACGGAAUGAUUCAUUCUUUUGUUCUUCUGAAUGCUAACACUUUCGAACCUCUGCAUACUCAUGAGUUUGCUCCUAACGAACACGCGGUGUCUGUGAUUUCUACUAGCCUCGGUGAAGAUCCAAGAACUUAUUAUAUUGUUGGAACAGCCAUAAUAUAUAAUGAUGAAACGGAAGUGAAAUCUGGUCGUCUCAUUGUUUUCGAAACAAGCUUAGAAGAUCAUCAUCGUUUGCGAAAAGUCUCUGAAAAAGAAGUUAAGGGAUGUCCUUUUUCGAUGGAUGUUUUGGGAUCAAAACUGAUCGUCGCUUUGAACAGCUCGGUUCGUCUUUUCGAAUGGCCUGAUUCGGAUAAACCUGAGUUGAGAUUGGAAUGUUCGCACUUCAAUCAUAUCGCAGCUCUCCAAUUGAAAGUCAAGGGAGACCAAGUUUUAGUUGGUGAUCUUAUGAGAUCAGUUUGUGUUUUGAGCUAUAAAAGUAUGGAGUGCGUGUUCGAGGAAAGUGCACGUGAUCAUCGAGGAAUGUGGAUGACUGCCGUCGAGUUCAUCGAUGCGGAGACAGUUUUGGGAGCUGAAUCCUCGUUCAAUAUUUUUACCGGUGAAGUAGACAGAUGCUCUGCUGAAGAUAAGCCUAAGCUCAAAGAGGGCGGACAGUACUAUAUUGGAGAAAUGGUCAACGUGUUUAGAAGAGGUUCGCUGCUUGCCAGCCACAUUGAUAGCCAGCUUCCGGUAGACAAACCAAUUCUCUUCGGUACAUCUGAUGGAAGUAUCGGUUUGAUUGUGCAGAUUCCUAGCGAAUACUUCAAAUUCUUAGGUGAAGUCGAGACAGCAAUUGCAAAGAAGACUGUUAAUUGCAUUCGUGUAACUCACAAUGUUUACCGACAGUUCCAUGCGCAGAGAUCUGUAGAAAAGGCUUUUGGAUUUAUUGACGGUGACUUGGUGGAAUCUGUUUUGGAAUGGCCUCGUGAGAAGCGUAUGGAAGCUUUCAAGUACAUCAAAGUGCCAGGCAAAGAAUCAUUGGAUCAAGAACAGACCACCGAAGAAAUUAUAAAAAUUAUUGAAGAUCUCUCGCGAAUUCAUUGA